AUGGGCUUCAGCGAGGAUGGCAUGGUCGUGGACAUGGCGAUGAUCCAGCGCCAGCUCGCGCUGCUGAGCUCGCUUGGCAUACUCCAAGGCAACAACACCAUGGACCGCCCUUCUUCGUUCAAAGCCCUCUUGGCAUCACCGCCGUUGACGACGACGACUGCUGGAUCGCCACACGAGCAUGUACCUUUCGUAGCGCCUCUCGUCGUCGCCAAGACGCAGUAUGCUACCGACCAUCGCGCGCCACUCCCCGUGCCAGGCGAAAGCGCCAUGUCGCCGGUCCUGGCCGGUCCCGCCGUCUCCAACGAUACCUCUCUGCAUGGUGCACCAUGGCGCCUCCGCCACACCGUCGCGCAGUGGACUUGGCACGUCCAGCGAGCACAGCGAAUGGCGGCCAUCGAGCUGCAAUGGCGCGGCCGCCUCCGGCUGCAACCGCGCCGUCUUCUCGCCCGCGUCUUUGCAAAAAUCGAUCGUCAUCGCCGGCGCCACGCCACCAUUCGAAUCUUGGUCGCCGUGCGCCAGAGCUGUCGAGCGCACGUAGUGUGGCGGCUCUUGCGCUGGAAUGUACUGUACGCGCGCAUGGCCAUUCGCGUGCUGGCGCUGGCGUUUCCAACGUGGGCCAACGCAGUUGACGCUAAGGUCCACAAAGCGCACGCGUCGAUGACAGCGCAGCGAGCGAUGAUCGACUGGCGGCUACAUACGUUCGUCGACGAGCACAUGGGCGGUCUCCGUCUCGCCCAAGCCUGUCGUCGCUGGCGCGCUAUCUUGGACCACGCUCGCGCCGCCAGCAUCUUGACGCGAAUGUGCGCUCGCUCUUCCCAGCAGCGAGCGUUCCUGGCUCUUGUCCAAGCCACUUGUGCUGGUCGCGUGCGCUUCAAGAUGCGCGAGCGGUAUCUGCAGCAAUGCAUAACAACGUGGAAGACCCGCGCCGCGCAGAGUCUAUCGACCGCGCUGCAGAUGCUGGCGAUGGACGACUGGCAGUGUCGGCGCAGCGUGCAGCGCUGGCACCACCACGUCGCGCACCAGCAGCGUCAGCGAGAGGCCGUCCAGUGGGCUGAAACUAAGUGCCUCCAGCGCCAUUGGCUGCGCUGGUCGAGAUGCCUUCCGCAACACCAUCAGUCGUGGCGGCGCGUGCAGACCUGGUCGACGCACAAGCAAAUGCGCCGCGCCUUUCAAAGCUGGCGCGCCUGGCUGAAUGAGAUGCGGCGCCAAAGCGUGCACUUGCAGCACGCGGCAGCUUUGCAUCAGCGCCGACUCCAGCGCCGGCACUUUGCGUACUGGCGAUUGUACCUUGCGCACCGCCAGCACAGCGCGCAAGCUCGGACGAUGGCGACAAGAUUUCAUCGGCACCAAUGUCUGCGCGCCGGGGUCGCAGCGCUCUGGAUGCGUCAGCACCGCGACCGCAACGUCCGCGUCCGGCUUCGAGCAGCGACGCUGUGGCACCAACGAGCGUUGCUGACCCGAAUGCUGCAGAGUUGGCAGCACCACGUCGCUUGGAGCCAUCGUAUGCGCCAGCGGCUCGACGCCUUUCACCGUCGGCGCACGAGGUACGCGUACUGGUUUCAUCUUUGGCAGGCCGCUACGCUCGAGCAACAGCUCGAGCAACUUGGUGACGCGUGGUGGCGGCAACGACGACUGCCGGUCGUCUGGCGUCGCUGGCGACAAGCCGUGCACCAGCAGCAGUACACGCAGCUCCAGCACUCGAACAUGCUACGAUGGCAACUGCGUCACAGCGUGAAGCACUGGCGACAGCUCACUGUCCACUUGGUUCGACGUCGCCGCCGCCUCGAUCGCUUUGUUCGACGGCGUAUUCGCCAAGGGCUCCGUGUCUACUGGCAGACGUGGCGCCAGCAAACCCGUGCCCAGCGUGCAGUGCGGCAGUGCGGGGUCGUCGUGCAAGCACAGGUGCAGCGCCGCGUCGCGAUUGCGUGUUACUGCAUUGUGUCGUCGCUCGUCGCCCAGCGCCGCCGACAGCUCCUGGCCCGCGCUCUGUGCAUGUGGCAACGCUACCGCCGCUGCGUUCGGCAGUCGGUGCUCGCUGCGUACAUCGGCCACCGCGCGCAAAUCCAAAGAGUGCUGCAUCGUUGGAAGGCAGUGCGGAUGCAACGUCGGUGUUGGGUCGUGUGGCACUGCUACGCGGCGCAUUUGAGCCGCACUGCGCGAGUCAGCGGGCGUCAGCGACUGGAAUGGCGGCGCCGUCGGCAACAGUCGCAACUGCGGGCUUGCUUUCGUACGUGGCAGCGGCUUUUGGAGGCCAAAGAAUCGUACCUCGAUGCGGUGCUGCACGUCCAACUGGUGUGUGUGUCGGACCUCGUGACGUACGUGCGUCAUCGCGCCGCCGCGGAUGGGUACUUUGUCAUGGCGCGCUUUCGACACUGGCAGCGAGUGGCGACGCGCGGGAAGCGCAUUGCUGACCAGCAUUGCUUGAUGCGCCGUGCGCGCCCGGUGCUUGUCGCGUGGUGGAAGCUCGUUUUGCAAGCCAAACAGACGUACUUGGUCGACCAGACGCGAGCGAUGAUGCGCCGGCAUCAACGUGCCAGCGCGCCGUUGCGCAGCGUCGUCGACACGACGCCGUCACUGUCGACGUACGGCGAGCGGUAUUUACAGCAACGAACGGCACCGCGGCGCGUGCCCGUCCGCCGGGCGGAGCCAACGCCGAUGGUCCCAUCGCCGAGAGACUCGACACUACUGCACUUGACGAAGAGCGAGGCAUUGCCCCUAGCGUCAUGGGACCAAGCCGACCCCGUAGUCACGAGCGCUAAUGACGGCGAACAUGCGGAGACUGUGCCGUCGUCAUCAAGACGCGACGACCAUGCAAGGAGCUUGACGCUGGAAGAUCUCGCAGCCUUGAGCAGCAGCCACGCGUCACAAGUCAGCAGCCACGCGUCGCAAGUCAGCGAGGCCCCAUCAACACCCAACGUACUGGAACGUACAGAAGCCCCGUCCCUGGCGCACAGCUCGGCAGCGUCGAGUACGAGCUCAAUGCACCUGGCUGCGCUCAUGAACGCGGACGACGACCUUCUGCCGCAGCGGUCUCAAGUGCCACCGCUGCAUGACGACUGGUGCGACGUCAGCUGCAUCCAACCAGCGAAACAUACAUUUGACGUGGCCGACCCGACUUUGCCCUUGGCGGUCGCCGAGCCCGCAGUUGCCCUCGCGAACAAAAAUGAACCAGAGAGCGACGACGACCCAGCGGUGGCGGCACUGCUUGCAAAGCAUCGGCGUCGACUUGAAGCGCUCUUUCAAGCCCACGCUUCGUCCAACAUGCUCGCCUUGUCGUCGUUUCUCUUGCUGGCGAAAGCCACGGGCCUCUUUCCUGCGCUUUUCACACGGCGCGAGCUCAGCAUUAGCUUUGAAGCUGCCGCGUUCCCAGCCACGACACUGACGCCAAGUACGUUUCUGCGCUGCCUGUAUCGAAUCGCCCAGCUGCUGCUUCGAGACAGCCCGGACGCCACGCCGUCGCAGCGACUCCAGGCGCUGCUCCUCGUGCUCGAUGGUCACGGCUCGGUGCUGCAGAAACCCAUUGAGGUCGAGCCCAAAUCGAUCUCCAAGGCGCGUCAAGAGGCGAGCCGUGCGCGUGUUGAUGCAAUUUUAACCAAAGUGGCGGCCCAGCGCUUGGCCAAGCAGCGUAGAACACCCAUGAGUUCCAGCCCUCGGCGUCGGUCGCCACGCUGGACACGCGGCCCCCUGGAUGAGGUGUACGCGGCGACGCCACCCAAAAUAACGCCAUCCGUCCUCGCCCAAGCGAUGGAGAAGGCGCAGCUGCGACUGCUACGUCGGAAUCUGGCGACACGCACGGCGCUGCGAAGCUACGAGCAUUCGCGACACGACGCCGAGGGCGAGGUGGACCUCGCAUCGUCGCUGCUCAUGGACGUGGGCAGCCAUUUGAGCUCGGUCGGACUCUCGACACUCGAGUAAUUGGGCUUCGAGUGGAAUCUGAAAGUCGUUGACAUACAGA